GGAGAGAACAAUCUUCAAAUAAAUUCUCUGAGAUUCUUCUUUCUCAAUUAAUAACUUUCAGAUUCCGCAAAAAAAAAAAAAAACCAAUCCUUUUUCCUCCGAUAAAUAAAAAAAAAUGGAUCUUUCGACACCUCCCUCCCUCCGCUCGAACCCUAUCAGAUCCUCCUCGCGUCUCGCUCCGAGAAUCAACAACACUCUCGUCAGAACCAACGGAGAUUCUCCGAUUCCGUCUCUCGAUUUGGUCCUAUCGUCACCGAAGAGCAGCAACGACACUCCUUACCCGUCUCCAGCCUCUCUUUGCUGUUCCCCGUGUUCUUCCCCUGUCACGCUCCGCGAGAUCCUCCUCUUGUCUCCCUCCCCUCUCCGGAAAUCGAGAACCCGGUUGGCCAAUCGGUUCGAGAUGGAAGCCGCGGAGGCCGCCGCCGCUGCGAGGCGGUGCAAGACGAAGGGAGGAGUGCAGAACGGUAGUGCAUCGCCGAGGAAUUGCCGGAGAUCGAGGCGGAGAUCGGAGGAGCCGAAGCCUGUUGCUGUGUUGACGGAGGAGAAAGCGACGAGACCGAGGAAGCAUAAGAAGACGGGUCGGUCUAAGAAGGAGAAACAGAGUUGGGUUCCUCUGUUGCCUUCUCCUUGUCCAUCUUCAGAUCUGAGUGAAGAUGUGUGUCGAGGUGAUUUGGAGCGGAUUAGAGAGAGUAUCAACGAUCUAAUCAUGUGGAGGGAUGUUGCAAAGUCGACUCUUUGGUUCGGUUUCGGGUGUUUGUGUUUCCUGUCUUCUUGCUUUACUAAAGGGUUUAGCUUUAGUGUUUUCUCGGUGGUCUUUCAUGUUGGGCUUUUGUUUCUUGGGGUAUCGUUUUUGUCACAUACUCUUCGCCAAAGGGUAACCGAAGAAAGAGAGCGGAGAGAGGUUAAAGUGAGUGAAGAGGAUGUGUUACGAGUAGCUAGAAGAAUGCUUCCCCUCACCAAUUUGGCGAUUUCAAAGACGAGCCAGCUUUUCUCUGGAGAACCAGCAAUGACACUCAAAGUGGCACCGUUUGUUCUAAUCGGAGCGGAGUACGGUUACCUCAUAACAUUGUGGAGGCUAUGUGCUUUAGGUUUCUUCCUCAGCUUCACCGUCCCAAAGCUAUAUUCAUCUUAUGCUACUCAGAUUAACCAAAAAGUUGAAAACGCGCAAAAGAGAAUAGUUGAAGCAUGGGGAAUAUGCACACACAAGAAGUUCGUAGCAGGCUCUAUGAUUACUGCUUUCUGGAACCUGACUAGUCUCAAGAUCCGUUUCUUUACAGUGUUCAUCAUCGUGGUGGUCAUCAGAUACAAAUGGCAGAAUGUACAGUUAGAUUCCGAAGAAGAAGAGGAGAAGCAACAAGAACAAACUCAACCGGAAGAGAAGUCACCAUCUCCGCCAGCGUCUCCACCUCAGCCAAUAGAAGAAGAAGAAGAAGAAGAGCAAGCGUUAGUAGUAGUGGUGGCUGCAGAAACCCAAGCACCACCAAAGAAGCUUUGAAAUGCUUACUUACAUUGAAACUUGUUCUUAAACAUUAAUGUAUGAGAGAAUAAAAUACCUUUUCGUUAAACAAUGUGAUAAAUAUAAAAAUAUCAAAUCAGAA